AUGGAUGACAUAAAACAGUCCACAAAGGGAGGAACAUGGAUAAAAGAGAUAAAUGUAGCAUUUCAUUUAAACAGUAAAAUUACAUCAUAUGUGUUACCAAAGGAAUUCAGUGGCUUUGGCUCCGUUUUACAUGUGGGUGGUCUGCUGGGGUUCUGCCUGAACCUCAUCUCAGUAAUGGCCUUCCUGAGAGUAAAGGAGCUUAGAACACCUAGCAACAUCUUAAUUUUUAACCUGGCCCUUGCUGACCUUAGCUUCAGCUGCGAUACUCUUGCCUAUGCCAGCUACCUCAGAUACUGGCCCUUUGGCUCUCAGGGUUGCCAGAUUCAUGCUUUUCAGGGAAUGAUAUCCAUCCUGGCUACCAUCAGCUUUCUCUGUGAUGUUGCCUGGGACAGAUAUCACAUGUACUGCACUAAGCAGAAGAUGGUUUGGAGCACUUCUUUGACCUUGAGCACAAUCAUGUGGUCUCUGGCUGUCUUCUGGGCUGCUCUGACUUUGCCCUUCAUUGGCUGGGGUGUGCUUGACUAUGAGCCAAUGAAAGUAGGCUGCACACUGUACUACACUACAGGGGACAGGUAA